GUCGCUUUCCUCAAUUUUUUAUAUUAUCAACUCCGAACUUUUGGAAAACGUGAAGAUUUGCUGAUGAUUACCUAAUCAAAUACAAUCCAUCUGAGUUUAACUGUGAGCAUCUGCGCAGCUGCAAGGAGUCACUUCAGGCAAGAGAGCACACAAUGGACAGCCGAGCAUACUCCACAUCCGCUUCCCAGACACCACUUUCUUUACCUACUGUGUCCCCGUGCACCUCUAUCCAGUGUGAGGAAUCUGAAAGCUGCACUUCUCCGCACAUUCAUCCCUGCACUUCCAUCACGAGUCAGUUAGAGCCCACGCUGCCUUAUCGCGACUUGUCUGGACUACGUGUGGUUUCCACCCUGACUGCGGAUAUCCCCACACCAUCCGCUGUUUUGCCACAUGUGUUUUUGGGCAGCCAAUUGGACGCCAUGUCCCACACUAUUUGUCAUGAGUACAGGAUCACACACAUCAUAAAUGUAUCUGUGGACGGACCGGCUCCGAAGCACAUCCGACCUGAGAAUUUUCAUCGUAUCCCGGUUAAUGACAACUACACUGACUGCAUGAGGUCGUUCUUCGACGAGGCUUUUGUCUUUAUUGACAAGGUCAAAGUUGCUAAAGGUCGCGUUCUAAUCCACUGUUCUGCGGGUAUUUCCCGCUCACCCACACUGGCCAUCGCUUAUCUAAUGUCCUCUUUCCGGAUGCCUAUGCGGACGGCGUACAACCUUAUUAAGACUGUUCGAUCUACUGUUGCUCCCAAUUUCAACUUUCUCGGGCAACUCCUCGAUUUUGAAGUUGAGCUGUCUCGCCUUGGUUCUCUCCCGACCUCUUUACUCUUACCUUUGGCCAACAGCAACCGAAGUGGACGCCUCUCCACUUUCUCCUGGGUGUCAUCAGAGUCCAACGUGCUUCUCAGUGACAAUUCCUUUGCCGUUUCUGAUUUGUCUAUUAACCCCUUGAAGCGUCACAUUACUAACCAUCCUCAGAUGAUGGUCUCUUUACCACGACUCCACUCAUUUUCAAAGAAACGGGAAUGGUCAAGGCACUCGAAUUCCGAUGUUCCAGCGAAUGUUCACACAGCCGCUUGUCAUCAACACCCUCAAGGCGCGAUCACCUCUGUCAGUCCAAGGGAAGGGAAGCGAAGUCGCAUGUCCUUACUGCAACACCACGAAACAACUGAAAAUCAGCUUCUUUCUCCUUGUUCAUUUCUUUCACGCUUAAUGCUUACAUCACCUUCUGAAGAACGUAGUCUCACUGGUUUCCCUUCGCGAGCACUCGGGAGUGCUUCUGAAAUUAAUUUUUCAUCAGAGAUUGUUUCAACUGUUGUUUCUUGCUCUUUGACAAACCUGGACAACCUUCAUUUCCAACCGUGCUCCACACACUUUCUGCAACUUGGUUGUGCGGAGUCUGUUUCACCUCUAUCAGUUCGGCUGCGACGCCCCUUGACCUCCUCCUUAGGCACACGUUCCCUUCGGCCUAUGUUGUUGGCCAAACGGAGUUUGUCAUCACAACUGAGCACUUCUAUUCCAGCAACGUUUGUUCAAGAAAAGCUGUCCACCCAUGUGCACGAAACCCAGUUAUCUCGAUCCGUGCACGGCGCUAAUUCGACGAUUGUCUCAGUGCCCCUCAUGAGACACAAUUCGCGCUGUCGAAUUUCACGUAGUGCUGAAGUAAUUGAUGUACUGUCACCGUGCUCCUCGGUAGACUCAUUUUUGCCUCGCUCUUUAAGCGCCCAUAUUCGUCCUCAUACUUCCGAUAUGAGUACUUUUGAACGUAAUUUUUAUGCCUCCAUUCAGAAACUGCCUAGCCAUUCAUUCACAAAUAUUCGUUCAUGUGCAUCUGUGCAGAGUGAACUUACUUGCUAUCCCUCUGCUUCCGGCUUAUUUCCACCUGUAUGCUCGCCUAAAUCACCUUUUCUCAAGACUUGGUUCCCUUUGUUUGACAAUUCCCCCUGCAGACAACAACAGAAACAAGCAUUCCUCCCCUCUUCCAGUAGCGGAAGCAGUGAAGUGUCUUCUCCCUCCUCUGGUCGUAACGUCGUCCAUAGCAGUAGUUGUUUCAAUCUCUACUCAGUUUCUUAACCUCUGUUGGUUUUCUCUCUACCACCCCCCGCUGUGAUCAAACGAUUUGCAAAUCGUGACUUCUCUAUCACUUGUGUUAGAUCUUUGCUCUAUCGUGCGUUUUCUUAUACACGCAUCUCAGGUGUAUGGUGGCAUUAGUACAUUUUAGACCAUCAUUGUCCCACCUUUAUCUUUGUGUAUCUUG